UUUGCAUUUGGAGCUCCUUCUCUCUCUCUGUCUGUCUGACUCUGUACCUCGAUCAUUCCCUCUACGUCCCUGCGGUUAGAGGAAGGAUGCUGCCCCGCAGACUCCUGGGUCUGCUGGGAUUCCUCAUGCUCUGCAACGGCCAGGAAGAAAGCGGCGAGGGCGAGUCCUGUGAUAACUUCACAGACCUCAACCUGUCCCACUGCUUCAUGGGAACCAGCCUGUACGUCCGGCUGCUGCUCUACACCCGCUCCAACCUCGACUGCGGCCGCGAGCUCAACCACCACUACCUGUCCUCUCAGCCGCUCUUCAACCUCGCCCGCCCCACCGCCUUCGUCAUCCACGGCUACCGGCCCACCGGAGCGCCCCCCAUCUGGAUAAACCACAUAGUCCACCUGCUGGCCGAGCAGGAGGACAUGAACAUCAUCGUGGUGGACUGGAACAAGGGGGCGGCCAACCUCAACUACUUCACCGCCGUGACCUACACGAGGGAAGCGGCUCAGAACCUGACCGGCUUUAUCAUGACUAUGCAGGAGGAAGGAGCCUCUCUGAGCUCAGUUCACCUCAUCGGCGUCAGUCUGGGAGCUCACCUGGCUGGAUUUGUAGGAGCAAACCUGAAGGGGAAGAUCGGACGCAUCACAGGUCUGGACCCAGCAGGGCCGAUGUUCACCAGCGCCACACCAGAGGAGAGACUGGACCCCUCGGACGCCAUGUUUGUGGACGUACUUCACACCGACAUGAACUCAUUUGGACUGAGAGGAGCUCAUGGUCAUAUUGACUUCUAUGCUAACGGAGGAGCAGAUCAACCAGGAUGUCCCAAAACCAUCUUUGCAGGUAAAUCUUAUUUUGUGUGUGACCACCAGCGCUCGGUGUUCCUGUUCCUGUGCGCUCUGAACAGAACCUGCAGCCUCACAGGUUACCCCUGCUCGUCCUACAGCGACUUCCUCGAUGGGCGGUGCCUCCAGUGUGAGGCCUUUAAACCCGCUUCCUGUCCUGUGCUCGGUUACGAUGUCAGCCAGUGGAGGGACACUCUGCUGAAGCUCGGAGAGACUAAAGUCUUCUUCAGCACCACGGCCACGCUGCCCUACAGGAAGCUGAGCUACAGAGUGGACAUGGUGACCUGGAACCAGUACCUCCGCUGGGGGGUCGUCUACAUCCGGCUGCACAGUGGCAGAAACUUCACAGAGGCCCGGAUAGACCAUAAGCUCCUCCGGUUCGAGCAGUACACCUCCACCCGGCUGCUGGCCCAGUUCGACGAGGAUCUGCAGCAAGUCCAGAAGAUCUCUCUCCGCAUCAGCACCGGCAACGUGAUCGGACCUCGUUACAAAAUCAGACUGCUGAGGAUACGCUUCACUCCGCUGGAUCGCCCCGAGAGGCCUUUAAUGUGCCGCUUUGACAUCAUCAUGGAGGAGAACAUGGAGGUGGCGUUCCGACCGUUACCCUGCAACUCUCACCUCUGACUCCCCGAGCAGACUCACUUCCUCUUCCUCUUCCUCUUCCUCAUCUUCUAUGGGAACACAUCAGGCGUCCUCUGGGUGCUACAGGGUCUCCCAAGCCCUGGGUGGACAGUCCAGGGCCCCCCCCCCUGCAGGAGGAGGAGCUGCAGCCUCCUCAGUGGAUGAUGAAGAUGACCUGUCUGGCUGCUGAGGAUGACUCCCGGUUACUGGAACAUGCUGCUGGCUGCUGAUGGGACUUAAAGCUGUGAGAUCAGUUCUCUCCACGUUCUGUGUCUCUUUAUCUCCGGAUGCUUUUUUUACUUCAAAGAAACAUUUUCUAACUGCAGUGAAACCGUCGGUGCUACAAACUCUGAUUAUCAUCUCAGUGUCAGUGAUACGAGAGUGGCUGUCAGCUUCUUCUCAUCCAUCACAGAGGAAUGAAUUCAGAUUUCUGUGUAUGUGUGUGUGUUCCUGACGUUAAAUAUAUAUAUAUUAUAUAUAUAAUCGGGUUAAUGGGUUGAGAAAAUACAUGUUUUUUCACAGCACAGCAGUGAUAUACAAACUUUAAACUCUUAUGAAUUUACAGUUUACAAACGAAAUCACAAUUUUGGAUGAUUUAAAAAAAUAUAUUUCAGUCAAAUUUUGAAAUAUUGAACUAAUAAUGAACAAAAAUGGAAAAAUGAAUUCCUUAAUGAUGGAUUAAAUGGAUUAAUGUUCAUCUUUACCUUAAAACCAAUUACCCAAUGUGAACAUUUAUUAAGAUAAUCUCUCAUUCUUGACGUUUCAAGACUGGAAAACUUUACAUUUUUGACGUUGGUCCUAAAAAAGAGGUGAAAUCUGUCUGUUUCAGUUUCAGUGCAGUUACAAGGAUGAUUAAAAAUACAGUUUGUUUUCUCUGUGUGCCUUCGUACCAGCAGCUCUCAACCAAAGUGUGAAUGUCUGCAGAUACACUGACAGUACGGGGAUGGGGGGGUUGAAACUCCGGGCUGCUACCUCAUCAGUAAACGCUGCUAUGACGUUUGUCCACAGUAAAACACGAGCUGCUGUACCAUUGAGUUUGGUCUUUAUGUGUUUUACUUUAAUGAGCUGUUAAAGAGUUUUAGGUGUCAGUAAAUGUUUCCUGUUGUCACUGUUGACAUAACUGAGCAGCAAACACAAAGAAUCCUCUGAUAGAAAACUAAAUGUGUCCGUGUUGAAAUGUCUUUUUUUAUUGUGUAUUUUCACCGAUGGUUUGAAAUAAACAUUCAUUUCAAUAUA